AUGGGAGACCUUUAUAUGGAUGAGUUCGGUGAAAACUUUGGAAUCGAUGAGUUCGCGGAAGAGGAGGAAGACUUUGGAGACUUUGAAGAGUCGGAGCUCCAAAGGGUGGCGGACGUCGACAUAAUAACAGACCCAAUCGAAUAUAAAACACAGGUUGAUAGUGCCCACAGAAUCACUACUCCGUACCUAACCAAGUACGAAAAGGCGAGAAUUAUUGGCACGAGGGCACUGCAAAUUAGUCUGAACGCGCCGAUCACGAUUCCGCUGGACGGAGCGGCGGACAUGAACGAGGAGAACGUCGCGUCGCUCGGGGACUUCGGAGAUACGCAGACCGCGGCCAUCGACCCGCUAAUCAUCGCCGAAAAGGAGCUGUACCAGAAGACAAUCCCCUUCAUAAUAAGAAGGUACCUGCCCAACGGGAGCUACGAGGACUGGAAGAUAGAGGAGCUUAUAAUUGAUUGA